AUGUCUGCGGUAACUAUCCAGCCUGAUGUUUUGGAAUUCAAAUCACCAUUCACUGUGCAAUCCACAGAAUACGCUUCCAUCACGAACAAUUCUAAUGAAACAAUUGCUUUCAAAGUGAAGACUACUGCUCCAAAGUUUUAUUGUGUUAGACCAAAUGCUGCCGUCGUGGCUCCAGGCGAAACCGUUCAAGUUCAAAUUAUUUUAUUAGGUUUAUCAGAAGAACCUGCAGCUGACUUCAAAUGCCGUGAUAAAUUCUUAGUUAUAACACUACCAGCUCCAUACGAUUUAGAUGGUAAACCUGUCGCUGAUGUUUGGCCAUCGUUAGAAGCUGAAUUCAAGCAACAAGCUGUCUCCAAGAAGAUGAAAGUUAAAUAUGUAAUUUCUUCAGAACAACCAACCCAACAGCAAGAACAAGAACAACAACAACAAGUACAAGAAGACGAAGUAAAUCAAGAACAAAUAGUGAGCGAACCAAAGGAAAUAGUGGCAGAAAAGAAAGAACCAGUGCAAACUAAACCAAUUGAAAAAGAAAUAAUAAGAGAGGCUAAAGCUGAAGAAUCUCCAAUGGUUAAGGUUGAAACUUCUGAAAAGAAAGCAACUGCUUUUUCUGAAAGUGAAGAUUUAUUAAAUACCAACACAUUAAUCAUAAUUGCUUUGAUCGCUUUGCUAUUGGGGUGGUUUUAUUAUUAA